AUGGCGCCCGAGCGCGGCGCGCGCGGUGGACGCGGACGCGGGACGACGACGACGACGGGGGCGCGAUGCGACGGCGAGGGACGACGCGCGACGACGCGCGGACGGGGACGGGGACGGGGACGCGGGCGAGGCGGGGGCGCGAGCGCGAGCGCGAGCGCGGAGGCGCUGACGGAGGGUGAGAAAGAGGCGGCGCUGGCGCGGUCGAGGGCGCGCGAGGAAGCGCAAGCGGCGAAGAGGGCGGCGGAGGAGGCGACGAGGACGGAGGCGGCGGCGGCGAAGGCGCGCGCGGAGCUCGAGGCGAAGCGACGGGAGAUCGAGCGGGCGCGAGAGACGCGAGCGAAGGCGCGCGAGGGGAACGCGUCGCCGUCGAGGCCGGACGAACAAGCGCUCAAGGGGAGAGAUUCGAGCAUUAAGAAGAACACGACGCUGAUUAAAAAGUUGAGGACGAUUACGGAGGAGAACGGGGCGGCGCUCGCGCAAGAGUUGAGCAGGGUGAACGUGAGUAAGUACGUCACCGAGGCCGCGACGGCGUGCGUGGAGGGUAAGAUGAAGAGCUCGGACGUCAACGCGGCGGUGGAGAUCAUUUCUUGCAUGCACCAGACGUACGCGGAUUUCGCGGCGCCGCUCAUCGCGGCGUUGAGCGCGUACGUAUUGCCGCCCAAGCCCGAGACGUUGUUGAAGAUGGCAGAGGGCGAGGUAGAGGCGUUGCCGUCGCCGUUGCAGCGUCGAACCAAAUUACGAUUGUUCAUGGAGCUUCAUCUCGUCGGUGUGUGCCCCGAAGUAAAGCCCGUGCUCGACGCCGUGAAGGAGCUGGCGCGCUUGGAGUACAAGACGGCGCCGGAUUUAUACCAACACUCGCUCAGCACGCUGGCAAGUUUCGCCAAGACAUUUGCCGUGGAGAUGCUCGGUGCCGAACCCGAGGUCGAGAUGGCGUCCAACGAUUUUAUCCUGGCGCCAGAUGUGCAAAAGGCGUUUCGGACGACGCUGAAUGAGUAUUGCGACAGACUCUUCUUCGUGCUCAUGGAGGCGUUUUCAGCCGUCACAGCGCAAGAACGCGAGAUGUCGCGGUUAUUAGAACGCACGGGUGCUAUUAGUGAGGCAGCAUCGGUGGAGUUUGCGGCUCUCACAAAGGUGUUUGAUGGGUUGUUGAAGGGGGCAACGACGCUCGCAGAAGCGCUCAGUCGCGAGCUUCCAGAGAUGAAGAAGCAAGUGGAAGAGAAGGUCGCACGAGGAGGCACGAUGGAGCUGCAUCGUGGAGGUGUGAAAUCGUCGGGCGAGCGCAGCGAUAUGUGGGAAGACGAGGAACAGCAGCACUUUUACGAGACACUUCCAGAUUUGCGAGCCUCGAUUCCCGCGGUGCUCCUGGUGAACGCGACGAACGAAAACGAAACGGAAGCCGAGCGUCUGAAACGCGAGAGGGAAGAAAACGCAGAAGGGCGAAGCGCAAAAGUCGAAGGUUUAAUCAUGCGUUUGUCCGAUUCGCUGUCGAAAGACAAGGCUGAUACGAUUUGUACCGACUUCUGUUACAUCGCCGCUCGAGGAGGACGAAGACGGUUGAUUCAAGAAUUUUUGAGCGUACACCGCUCGGAGGUAGAUCGCAUUCCAUUCUAUGGUAGAAUAAUAGCCACACUCGCGAAUGUGUUCGAUGACAUCGCGCCCGCCGUUUCCGAACCGCUGAAGAAUGAGUUCUAUAAUUUGGUCAAGAAGGGCAAACGAGCAAAUCUAAGCGAGCGCUUGAAGAAUAUCAAAUUCAUCGGCGAGCUCAUCAAGUUCAAAGUUUUCGACGAUUUGGCGGUGUUUGAGAUCGUGAAAAGUCUUUUAGAUGAUUUUCAUGGUGACAAUGUCGACGUUCUUUGCUGUUUAUUUGACGUAGCGGGCUAUUACUUGACUCGAACGCCGUCGACGUCGAAACGUAUGGGAAGCAUUUUGGACAUCUUCCUGCGCCUAAAAGCUGUGAGCAAGUUGGACUCUCGGCAGUGUGCUUUGGUGGAUAGCGCUUAUUAUAAAUGUAGGCCAGUGCAGAGGGUCGUAGUGGAAAAGAUACGACCACCAUUGCACGAAUAUAUUCGAGAGCUCAUCUAUUUACAGUUGUCAAAGCACACGCUCGACAAAGUGGCGACGCAACUUCGUAAACUUCCUUGGGAUGAAACUGAACCUUACUUGUUGAAAAGACUCCUCAAAGUGAGUAAAGGGAGAUACGCAUCCGUACCACUCGUCGCAGCGUUGAUUGCGAGAUUGUCACAAUACUACCCGACUCUCGCAGUGCGAGCGCUUGAUACAUUGCUAGAGGAUAUUCGAUUUGGUUUAGAGACAAACGAAACGUGGAUGCAUCAGCGCCGUGUUGCGAACAUGAGACUCCUCGCACUUCUGUACAAAGAGCGCGUCGCGCUCUUCCGUGAGCUUAUGGAUACGCUCUACUUGAUAAUUUCUAUCGGCUACGACGGACGCGAAGCGCCUGACUAUCUGACGGAUACGAUUCGUUUGCGCAUGGUUUGUACGCUUUUGGAAACCGCGUUCAAGGGAAGAGGAGCCAUUAGUUACGCGCAGAAGAAAGAAAUCGACAGGUUCUUGAUCUUUUUUCAGCGAUACGCGUUGACAAAAGAUGUGGCGUUAGAUAUAUCUAACGACGUCAUGGAGUUGUUGUCCUCGAUGAAUCCGCGAAUGAAAAUUUGCGAGACGUACGAAGAGGCGAACGGUGAGUGCCAAAAGCUUCUUGAAAAGCCGAGCAUUACCCCUGGUGGCAUGGAACCAGUGAUGGAGGAGGAGGAAGAAGAAGAAGAAGAAGAAGAAGAAAUGGACGUCUGCGAAGAGAGCGAAGAGAGCGAAGAGAGCGAAGAGAGCGAAGAAGAACACGAAGAUGAAGAUAUGGACGAUGUGUCGUCGGAUGAAUCAGAAGACGAAUCUACGGAUGGCGAAUCCUCGACCGAAGUGGACGUCGACGAUGAUGACUCCACUGACUCCGGAUCCGAGACUUCCGAGCAAGACGAAGAAGUCAAAGUUCGUGCGAAGCUUUCUCGAGCAUCUUUGCAAGAACAGCGAGAGUUUGAUCGCGAGAUGAACAAGUUCCUCGGUGCCUCUGCGACGUCGAUGCUGGGAAGUCGCGGCAUACGAAAUCACUCAAGCGCAAAUCCUUCAAGGAACAACACUGGGGGGACGAUAGCGUUUAAGAUGCUGGUAAAGAACCAAGGUAAACAAACGAUAAAAGAACUCAAUGUCCCGGAACGCGCAGAGUUCGUCGCCAACGUCAAAGAGGCUUUGAAGGCUGAAGAAGCCGAGCUCGCCGAAGUCAAGCGAAAAAUUCUUACGUCUACGUAUCACGACGAUGACGCGCCGGCGAUCCCGGGGCCCAGAGGAUGGAGACCGAACAAUCGCCGCUCAGAACAUAACAUAUCGAGACGGCUGUAG